AUGGCGGUGAACACUGCCAUCAAAACCGUGACGUUUAUAAUCGGUCUUUCGAUCCGGCCAGCUCUUGUCUCUCAGUCAGUCAUGUACGCUCAGCAACAACCACACUACCAGCAGCACCCAAAUGCUUUGCGGCCACAGAGCCAAUAUUCACAACAAUCUCGUCCUGCUGGCGCUCCCAUCUACUCCAAUCAUGGCUCACAGUCACGACAUUCACAUACUCCAGCCCCACCCCCUGGCGGCGAUCCACAACUCUUCCAGUAUUUUUCUGCGGUGGACACGGACAGGAGUGGUAGUAUCUCUGUUUCCGAGCUACAGCAAGCGUUAGUCAAUGGAAACUGGACAAGAUUCGAUUUAGACACUGUCAAGAUGCUUAUGGGUAUUUUCGACACCGAUCGCAGUGGAACUAUCUCUUUUAAUGAGUUCUCGGGUCUCUGGAAGUACAUCAGCGACUGGCAGAAUGUCUUCCGCCACUUCGACAGAGAUGGCAGUGGGUCAAUAGAAGGGAACGAGCUUGCCAGCGCUCUCAGGAGCUUCGGCUACAACCUCUCGCCGAACCUAUUAACAUUAAUCGAGCGCAAAUAUGCUUCCGCCCCAUCAACCAUGUACGGACCCCCGCCUGGUAUCACUUUCGACCGCUUCGUCCGUGCCUGUGUUGUGGUCAAGACGCUCACAGAAGCCUUCCAACGCGCCGAUAACGACCGCGAUGGGUGGAUUCAAAUAAACUACGAAUCCUUUAUGAGUAUGGUUCUUGCAGCACCUUGA